AUGGUGCAUCAUAAGCCUAGCCUGAUUGUAGUUCUCAAACCACGUAUUAGUGGAAGAAGAGCAGAUGACGUUCCUUGGUUAGCUGCUGGUGAUUAUAAUGCUUUGCUUACUGCUGAUGAAAAAAGAGGGGGAGCUAUGCAUCGGUCUAGCAUUGAUAAAGACUUUGUGCAAUGGUUUGAAGCUAAUGAUGUCAUUGAUCUUGGAUUUCGUGGUCCAAAAUUUACAUGGCAGUGGGGAUGUCUAUUUGAGUGCUUGGAUAGGGCUCUGUGUAAUGAGGAUUGGCGUCUUCGAUUUAAGGAAGCUAGCAUCUUUCAUCUUCCUUGUCUUUAUUCGGAUCACAGACCUAUUUUGGUCCAGCUUAAUACGCUAGGAGCAUCUCACGCUUCAAAUAGACCUUUUAAGUUUCAAGCAGCUUGGAUGACUCACGAAUUAUUUGGUCAGUUCAUGCUUGAUAAAUGGAGUAGGAGCUCUGAUUUGAAGUCUUCCCUUAGUGGCUUAGCAGCAGAUCUAAAGGAUUGGAACUUUCAUGUUUUUGGGAAUGUUUAUAAGCAGAAAAGACAGUUGGUAGCUCGUAUUGAUGGCAUUCAACAUUAUCUGGAGAAUCGACAGUCUCACUUUUUGCAGAAGUUAGAGAUGCAGCUAAGAAGAGAGCUGGAGACUAUUCUCUAUUGGGAAGAAUUAAUCUAG